GUCCUCCCUCCUAAACCCCCCUCCUGCUCCUGACCUGCUCAGACAUAGAGAGUGGGAGAAGGAGAGAGAGGAAUCCUGAUGAAAACUUUCCCAUCACUUUGAAUCUGACUCCAGCUGCAGCUUCAGCAGAGCCAUUAUAACAACGACUGUACAGGCUCCAGCUACAGAACACCCCAGUCGCUGCUGAGGACAGGACCGGGACGACAGAGACUAGCAGGAACACCUGGAGCUCUGCACCUGGAGCUCUGCACUGCUCUUCUAGCAGAACAACCUAAACAUCUGAUAUAUUAUUAACUAAUUUUCUCCGGAUCACUCUGCGCUUUGGCUUUGUUUUUCUUCUAUAACGUGGGAACAAAGAACAGAGAAAACCUGGAAACUAAGACAGAGUUCUUUCUCUUCUGGGGGUCCGAGGACACGGCUGGACAAACGCACAGCAGAACGGACGAAUAUAACUUUGGCCAAGAGACUAUGUUGAAAAUGUUUUUCCCUCGGAGUGUUGUGAGGCAGUGGUGCUUCGCCGUGUUUUUGCUGUGUUCACCUGUUCCACAUGACGGGAGGCCCAUCGACGCCCUGACCAGCAGAAUGAAGCGCUCGGUGACCCACGCCCAGCUGAUGCACGAUAAGGGACGGGUGCUGCAGGAUUUCAAGCGCCGAAUGUGGCUUCAGGAGCUGCUUGAAGAGGUCCACACAGCCGAGGUCCGGGAGCUGCCGGUUCGCCCAGCCGUCAGCAGUGGAGCUGGGCUGGGGCUUCCAGGGGUGGGGGUCAGCCUGGGGCUGGGAACCCCAAACCCCCACCCCAAACCCCCAGGGGGAACCAAGAACUUACCCAUCACCUUCCGCAUGGAGGAGGAGGAGGGAACCAAUUUGCCUCAGGAGACCAACAAGUCCCAGACAUAUGGGAAAGACGGCGCGCUGAAAGACGGGGGGAAGAGCGGGGCAGGAAGAAAGAAAAAAGGAAGGAAUGGGAAGAGGAGGGAGGGGGAGAAGAGGAAGAGAAGGGCACGCUCGCUGGAGAGGGAGGAGCCUGGUAGUGGGUACCACCUGGAGUGGAAAAGACCCUUCUUAAGCCUACACUAAGACACUGUCACAGUCUGAGAAACCUACAGACAUUUCAAAUGGACACCCAGACAUGCUUGUUGCAGGGUCCUGUAACAGUGAUUGUUUGGAAAGUUAAAAAGGGAAAUAUUUAUUUUUCUGUAAAUAUUGUAAACUCUCCGGACUCGUGAUAAUGACAAUAAAAAAUGACUGAUGCAUUCUCAGUGAAGCAACAGGUGUUGAUCAUUGUCAAUCAUUUCUGUUAUGUAAUGUUUUGUUAUGACUUUGCAAAUUAUUAUUAAUGUCAGAUUUUGCUGUAAUUUAUUUUGUUUGAAUGGUGUAUUUAUUUUGUAAAUGUAUCAAGGUGCUGCUGACCUUUAUAUUUUUGUACCAUAAUGCACUUUAGAUAUAUAAAUAUAAAAAUACAUACAAGUAAUUUUGUUAAUUUACUUUUUGUGAUUGAUUGAAAUGAAGAAAACAUUGUUGGUCAUUCCUCUGUGUGUUUAGCUAGGCUAGUUCUCUGCUUGUUUUUAGAGUGAUCUUAAGAGAACAGGGGAAGUGGACGUCUUGUCUGUUCUCUGAUUGGCUCAGUGGCCGACCUGGGUGUAGCUCAUUCAACACACCGUUUUUUAUAUUUUUGGGGGGCGGGUUGCAAGGCAAGUCUACCUAGUUCCUUUUUGUAUAGGAUGUUUUUCUUCUGUUAGAUGCCAAAUGGACAUGACACAGGAUGGUCAACGCAGGUGUCCACAACUCCUGUGUGUGACCAUUGACCUCUGACCCCUCUGUACAAUGUGUCUUUCCUCCUUACCCCUUCACCUGCUGACACAUCUGUUCAUUAUGCUUCUGAAUACUGUCCACAGUUCAAAGUUCACUGUGCCUGUACAUAACCUGAACACAAUGCAACUAAACAACUCCAUUUUCUUCUUUGGCACUGAGAGACAACCUUAUAUUGAAUGGAUUA